AUGGAUUUCUCCGCGUCGAUGAUCAGCAGUACCAGUGGGUAUGUCUGGGUAGCCCCGACGCCCAUGGUUAUGAUGCCUGCACCAGCAAUCGAAGAGGAGACAGCAGUGGUAAAGCCGACUUGGAGGUUAUACGCCAAUAUCCUUGUGGCGGUACUGCAAGCGCUACAGUUCGGAUGGUCCACCUCGCAAAUGAACAACUCGAUUUUCAAUAACGAGGUCGACUGCAACGCAAGACCCAUCGCACCAGGCACCUGCCUCAUGUUCCCCGGCCACACCAAGACGGAGUGGACCAUUGCCGUCAGUUCCUGGAUUGUUGGAGGCAUGAUCGGGUCUCUUUUAACCGGACGAGUGUCCAACAAGUUCGGUCGUAAACCUACUAUGAUGGCCAACUGCCUCUUCAUGAUAGCAGGUGGGGCAGUCCAGGCUGCUGCUUGUAACAUUACGAUAUUCACAGUUGGCCGCGUCUUCGCCGGUAUCGCGGCGGGCGGCUCAACGGCCGUCAUUCCGGGAUUCAUUGGAGAAAUCUGUCCGCCACACCUCCGCAGUAAACUGGGCGUGUGUUUCCAGAUCUCCAUCACACUCGGCCACCUGUUAGUUGCGAUCACCUUCUUCUUUGCCAGUACCAGUACUGGUUGGAGGUAUAUCGCUGGAUUCCCCAUCGUACUAGCGUCACUGUUUCUGCUUCUGGCACCCGUCGUGCUGGUUGAAAGUCCCGCAUGGUUGCUGAUGGUGAACAAACCUAACGAGGCGGAAAAAGAACUAGCGCGUCUAUUUGGUGAGGACAAUGUGUACACCGCCAAGAAAUGGAUCAACCAGCAGCAAGAAGACCCCGAGUCCAAACGUGAAGGAAGCGUUCGACUGCAGGACCUCGGCAUGUCAAUGAUAGCGCCACCCGCAGAUGCAGGACAACAGAGCUCGCUCUCGAAACUCUUCUCAAGGUUGCUGCUUCCACAGAUGCUGACGGCCAUCGGUGUGGCCGGAGCCCAGCAACUCACGGGUGUGAACGCUGUGUUCUUUUAUUCUUCCGGUAUUUUCAAGCAGGCCGGACUCUCGGACAGUCGAAUUGGUGUCUUGUUGGUCAAUUUUGUGAAUGUUUUACCCACUUUGGUCUGUGGAAUGCUAGCGGCUCGUGUGGGUAACCGUAUGCUCAUCUUGUACGGAUUCGUGGGCAUGCUGCUUAGUGCGGUGGGUAUUACCGUGUCGCUUGUGGCUAGUUUGUCUCCACUGGCCAUUGUGUUCGUUGCUCUUUAUGUGACUACGUUUGGUGCGAGUCUUGGGCCACUGGCGUGGGGAGUCAUGGCUGAUCUCUUUCCGGACGACGUGCGAGCCGUGGGCUGCUCGAUUUGUGUGGGUUGUAGCUGGUUGUGCAGUCUAACGAUCGGACUGGUGUAUCCGUAUCUCGCUGCUGCGUUGGAGAACUACAGCUUCGUGCCGUUCAUGUACACGAUCACACUGUCGUUCCUCUUCUUCUUCUCCAUCGUGCCUGACACGUACGGCAAGACCAUCCAAGAGAUCCAAGACGAGUUCAACGCCAAGUGGCAGAAAUCUAAAAAGAAGCCUCAGUGGCGAAUGUCUGGUAACAGUCAGAUCCCGGUGCUGGGAUAA